GAAAGGAACAACAUACAGUACAGAGGGCAGAAGUUGCAUCAGAUAACAGGAAUAGACCUCUGACGUUACCUACUGUUUGUAAACUAGUGGACAGUUUUCAGAAAAUGCAUUUUUUAAGCCUCCUGGCGAACAAUGUCAUCGGCCUCUUGCUGGGUCUCAUAGUUCUGGUGUUAUUUUGGAAGAAUAUGGGGAAGAAAAGCAACACAGCAAGACUUCCGCCGGGUCCAUCACCAGUCCCUAUCCUAGGAAAUAUUUUUCAGGUGGAUUUAAAACAACCGUAUAAGUCCUACUUAAUGCUCAGUAAGAAGUAUGGCUCAGUCUUCACUGUGUGGCUUGGCCCCAAACCAGUGGUUGUGCUGUCUGGGUUUGAGACCCUUAAGGAAGCUCUUCUGAACCAGGGGGAAGAGUUCAGCGGCCGGGCCGGUUACCCAAUACUCCUUGAAGUCACCAAAGGUUUUGGGGUGCUGGCGAGCAGUGGUGACCGUUGGAGGGAUCUACGGAGGUUCUCCAUCAUGACCCUGAAGAACUUCGGAAUGGGGCGGAGGAGUAUUGAAGAAAGGGUACAAGAGGAGGCUGGGUUUUUGAUCAAAGCCUUCAGUGAACAUAGAGAUUCUGUCUUCAACCCUAACAACCUCUUGUGUAAUGCUGUGUCCAAUGUGAUCUGCUCCAUUGUCUUUGGCCAGAGGUUUGAAUACAAUGACCCGCAGUUCAAGUUCCUCCAACAGGGCCUUGAUGGCUAUUUUAAUUUUCUCAGCAGCUCCAAAGGCCAGCUCUUCAAUGUGUUUCCCAAACUAGUGUGGUGCCUGCCUGGGCCUCACCACCAGCUCUUUAAACACAUUGAGAGUAUUAGAGAGUGCUUUAAACAGGAAGCUCAGCGACGCAUGAAAAGCCUCAACACCGACUCACCUCAGGACUUCAUUGAAGCGUUUCUGGUUCGAAUGCUGGAGCAGGGAAACAAGCCUGGCAGUGAGUUCCACUUUGACAACCUAGUGAGUUCAAUUUGGAGCCUUUUCUCUGCAGGAACAGAAACUACCACCUCCACACUGAGGCAGGCCUUACUGCUAAUGAUGAAGUACCCUCACGUCCAAGAACGGGUUCAGAAGGAGAUUGAUCAGGUGGUGGGCUCCAUCAGAACCCCCUCGCUGCAGGACAGACAGAAUAUGCCCUACACUGAUGCCGUCAUUCAUGAGGUCCAGCGGUCUAUGGACCUCGCCCCUACUUCUGUUCCGCACAAAAUGAUGAGCGACACAGAAUUCAAGGGCUACUGCAUUCCUCAGGGUACAAUGGUAUUACCUCUACUGUCGUCUGUUCUGUCCGACCCAAAACUUUGGAAAAACCCUGAUGUGUUUGACCCAGAAAAUUUCCUGAAUGAGAAUGGGAGCUUCAAGAAGAAUUAUGGGUUCCUGGCAUUUGGACUAGGGAAACGAGCCUGCCUGGGGGAGGGACUGGCUCGGGUGGAGCUCUUCCUCUACUUCUCGACCCUCCUCCAACGGUUCACCUUCACAGCAACACAGCCCCCGGAAGAACUCGACAUCAACCCUGCCUGCUGUAGCUUUGGACGAUUGCCACGCAUGUACACCUGCUACGCCAAACUCAGAGAAUAAGUGCAAUGCCCACAACAUGGCCAUUCAUUAAAAUUUAAAGUGACCUUUCUCCAUAGCCCAAUCCAUUUAUGUAUCUAUAAUAUAUAAUCUGUCAAGGGGUGGGAAAAACGGAAGAUAGUGGACAUUUUUCCAAAAAUUACACUUGUUCUGAACAGAACUGUGGUCACAUGAGCUACAUACUAGACAAUUAUUUUUAUGUAUUGUGUUAUUUUUAUGUUACUUAGGUAAGGGGCUGUGUUAAUCUCUGGGAAUGUACGUGUUUUUAUUCCUUGUGCUGUCAUUGGCCAGGAGAGAUUAUUGCAAAUGAGAUUAUUUGUCUUAGUGGAACUUUCCAGGGAGAAAAGGUUAAAUAAAAUACAGAAAUAAAAACAAAUAAUUUUGCAUUGGUACUGUUAAUCAUUCUCAGACAGUGACAAAGUACGUAAAAAAACAAACAGGGAUGUUGAAAACCUUGAACCCUAACACUGUUUUAUUUGGGGUUUUUUUUUUUUACAUCAAAAGAUAAAACACUGUCAGGGAGGGUUUGUCAAAAUUGUUACUAAUAAUGAUUUUCCAUCAACCAUAAGGUUGCUGCUUUACAUCCCACCCAUGCCACUACUUAACCUCUGACCCCUUGGUCAAUAUUUCCCAUUGCUCAGCUAGUUUCAUGUGGAACAAUCCUUUUCAAAUAAUAUUGCUAUCUGUAAGUUUCUGAAAUGGCCACCUCUGUUCUGGAGUCAGUGUGAGCACUGAGUGGAGGCUUCGGUUUCAGUGCUGAGGGAGGAUCUGAUCUCCCGGCAGCCCAUGGAAGUUGUCAUUUCAUUGGUCACUCACCGUAGUCCUUUGGGAGUGGAGCUGGGGCAGAUGGGUGGACCAUGGGCUGCUUCCGGGCCUCCAGAACUGGGCUAUGGUACUCAGAGGCUGGCUGGGCCUCCUCCACCUCUGCGGUGUCCUCUUUUGUCAUCCUAUGGGUCUGAAACACAGACAGGAUGGAUGAAAGUCGUUCACCUCCGUGGUUCUCAGGCUCAGUUCUUUUGAUGUUCAUUUUUCUUCAUUCCUGAAACAGCUUUUUAUGUUUUGAGGGAUUAUUUACGCUCUUAAGCCACAUUAUGUCAGAAAUAGCUAAGCAUGUCAUGAAGAAUAAAUGUCCUAUAUUCAUAUUGCGCUUAUUGUGCUAUAUUGCAAAUAAUUACAUAAAAAGAGGUAACCUUAGGCUCUUGACUGGUAAAAAUGUGGACACCUGGCCACUGAAACUGACCAUUUGUGUCACGACACGGGUAGGGACUCAAUCGCAGACCACGGCAGAAUUCUCUGUUCAAAAAAGUUUAUUCAAGGUCAGUCCAAAACAGCAGGCAGAGACAAAAUCCAGGGACAAGCAGAGAUCAAGCACGGGUAAAGACAAAGCAGGCCGGCAAACAAUCCAAAAAUCCGUAAGGCGAAAGCGAGGUCGAAAUAAUCGGGCAGAAGUCAUACACACAAAAACUAUCAUAUAAAACAGGCUGGGAUAACACACAGGAGCAAUCUGAGACGAACUGACAAACUAAAGUGAGGCAUGCAGUCUUAAAUAGGCAGAGGGUAAUGAGGGAACAAGGAACAGGUGAGUGGGAUAAGGGGUAACAGGUGGGGGGCGGAGUCCAGAGCACAUGGUGAAGAAAACAAGCCAACCCACAUGUGACAAUACACACUGACAGAUAGGGGGAGACAAAAACACAAAGUCCAUGAGGGAGUACUGACAGUUUGGUGGACAAAAACAAAGACAUCAUAAAUUAUAAUGAGCCAAACCUGCACUGUGUUACGUUUAAGGAAUACAUUAUGAAUGAAAUUAAGUACUUGUGUUCAACAACCUUUAAUGAGCCACAAACUGUCGGUAACAAAAAUCAGCAUACAAAGGGGUCCCCAGGACCUAGUUUGAGAACCAUGGGUCCACCGUACCACAUGGAGCAUUGGGCUACUUUCCUACUCUUCCACUCACUGUACCCCAGUGAUUCCCAACCCAGUUCCUGGAGAUAUGGUGUCCUGUAUGUUUUCACUCCAAACCUAAUAAAGCACACCACACUCAACAGCUAGAGAUCUCAUUGAGUUGAAAAUGAGUAAAAUCAGGUGUGAAAAAUUAGGGUUGAAAUGAAAACCUACAUUACUGUAGAUCUCUAGGCUCUGUAGGGUAUGUGAAUAUUUGAUAUCUUAUCCAUUUGAUAUCUGUGAGCCAGUUAUGUAAAUUUUGCAGCUAGGAGCAGGCAAUGGAUGGACUGAUUAACUGUAUUAUUUCCCAAGUACAUUACAGCUUGAUAUCUGGAAGGAAAGAAAGAACAUUGUCUUAUAUUGUAUUUACAAUGUGUUGUUGUACAACUACACGUUUUAUGAAAAUGGCUAGGAUAGGAGUUCACAUCCAGAUUGGGCGAAAGCAACAAAAAAAAAAAAAUUUAAUUCUCUGUCAGUUCUCAUGAAUAAUUAAAUCUCUAUCGAUAACCACAAAUAGUCACAAUUUCCUAUAAAACCCAGAUUCAUUAAGGUUUUUUUCAUCAAAAGAAUGUAAAUCAGGAAGACAAUUAUGAAAUUCAAACACUUGACUCUUAUGUUAUAUUGUGAGUCAGGUCCACUGCCCUAAUCUACGCCAUCCCUUUGCUUGCAACCAACCCCCAGAGAGCAUACAUAAAGCGCUUUAGUGUGCAAAGAAUUACCAACUAACUGUAGCAUUUGAGCUUUUAUUUGUCAUGAAGGACAAUGCAGUGACCUGCAAUUAACAAAUGUAGUAUACUUUUCUGUAUACCACAGAGAGAAUAAGAGGUGAUGAAAGGCAAUUUAAGCUUUGUCUGAAGGCCCAAAUUAGGUCAGAACACCAUAAAGGGGAUUACAAUAAAUUUACUACCUUAGUUAUUAAAACAAGCAAGGUUUUUUUACACAGUAAAUAUGUACUAUAGUAAAGGUAAGGAACAUCAUAUUUUUUCUUGCACAGCCUUAAAAAGGUCAGCUGACCAAAAAAACUGUCGUAACGUAUUCAGCCCUAGUCAGCCUGGAUGUCCACGCACCACCUAAAGCUCAAUCUGGGGAAGACAAAACUGCUGCCUCUCAUGGCAAAGUGUUCCCUAUGGACUGAUGUGCCAAAUACAGUCGAUGGCUCUGCAGUGUCUCCUAUUCAGCUUAAGAAUAUUGGUGAAGCUCCACAUGACCAGCUCAGCUUCUGUCAACACACUGCGGCAACCACGCACCUAUGCAGACUGGCGCUUCACAAAACCAGGAGAAUAUGGCCCUUUGUCACCCUAGAGGCUACACAGCUACCUGUAUAAGCACAUAAUCUCUCAUCUGGACAACUGUAAAGCCUUACUGGCCAGCUAUCAGGCCACUGCAAUAAGAACUCCCAUUUGGUCUUCAACCAGCCUAAAUUCACACACCACCCUUGUUGUACACCCUUCAUUGGCUUCGGGUGGCAGCCUGCUCUCCAUGCAAAUCUCAUACACUGGCAAACCGAAAAUGGUACUGUCUUCCUAUCUUCAGACAAGACAGGGUAAUGCAGUGGUUCCCAAAAUUUUGUGGUCAGGACUCCCCUUUGGUAAUAGGAUUUUUUUUUCCCGAGAAAUCACAUGCAAAGUCAGUUAAAGUGUCACUAAUCUGCUGACACAACCCAGUUUCAUUUUCAUAGCAAGCAUUACAGGGUCACACUAUGUUUCUAACUAACAUUGAGGCUGUUCAGUCAGCUAGAAGGGGAUUGUUGGACGGCAGACGUGAUAAGGCAGUGGCACCUUUUAUGCACAUUAUGUGAACCCACUAGUUUAUUGCGUAGCAAUUGCAUAGCAGGUUCCAGCAUAAUGUGGCUUAAGAGGGUAAAAAUUCCCUCUAAAUGUGAAAAGCAACUAAUUAAGGAAAAUGAACAGAUUGUUAAAAUUUUGGAAUUGUUACUGUGGUUAAAAUGAAAACCAGCAUGCACACAGUGGGGCCCUGGAACCAUGUUUUGGAACCAGUGAUCUAGAGUGUAUAGCAGGUAUGGAAGUAAAACGGUCGUGUGAUUAAGUACAUUCCAAACUCAACUAUGCAGCAAGGCAAGAAUGUGAAAUUUUACUGGAGGGUCUCUUCGUGUUCUUGGGACGAUUAAGAAACAAAGCAUUCUUACAUGCAAUAGUGUGUUCUUGUAAUUGUACCAGGUAGUGUGUUCUUACAAGUACCCAGAACACAUGUAUGUAUAAAAAUGGCUGUAAUUCCUACAUUGUACAUACAAUCUUUUUGACAAAACCCUUAAAUUAAAGCUGAAAGUCUACACUUAAAUCACAUCUUCAUAAUUUCAUUUCAAAUCCAUUGUGGUGGCAUACAGAGCCAAAAUGAUGAAAAUUGUUGCACUGUCCAAAUACUUAAGGACCUGACUGUAAAUGAUAUGAUGCAGAGAAAAAGUAUCUGGAUUUUUGCACAUCUUUAUGUGUAUUUAUUUAGCAUUUUUAUCUUAUGCAGUUGCUGCUCACCAUAUCUUCCUCCUCUCUCUCUCUGGGAAAUCUGCCUCUAUGUAGACGAUGCCCAUUGUGUUAUCAAGUAGGGAAAAAAGAAAUGCCUUAUUUCUGUCUGAUGUUUUUUUAUCAGACAGUGUGCAACAGUGGUUUGGUAGCCCAAGAGGAAGAACUGGUUGGGAGUAAUACGUUUAAUUUAUUUUAUGUCUCAUCUUGCUUCAUAAUACUUUUACUUGUGCUUAAUCUCCUGGCUUUCAACAGUCUGUUUUUAGUGUUCAUGUUUCCAGGGUAGAGAGAUUCCUGUCUUUCAAAUCUUUGGAAGAUGACACAUAUCCCUUCAUAUAAUUCAUUGCUUCAAAGCUAGUUGCUACCGAGCCUAUGCUAGUUCAGCUUAGCUCUGGCUCAGUAUGGCCACUACCUACGUUUGGCAAACAUGGCGCCUCCAAGGGCACUCUUUCCAUUCGUAAGGUCCCUCAAACAAUGAAUAGGUUAACAUAGAUGAACUAACUGAACUAACCUAGCAUAGACAUCUUAAUGAAUAGGUUAACAUAGAUGGACUAACUGAACUAACACUAGCAUAGAUGUCUUAAGUCAUUAACUGUUAACAAAUAAUACUGUCACGGUUGUGCCUCCUCUGUAGUUUUUGUCCUGUCUCGCAUCCCUUAGUUUGGUCUACCUGAGGUUAUGUCUGGUAAGUGUUUAUUGUUGUGGUAAUAGGUUAAUUGUGUUAUCACAUUCCACACGUCUGCUCGUUGUUUUGUUUCAUUCCGCACCCGCCUGCUUGUUGUCUGUGAUUGUCUCCAAGUAUGUCCCUGUGUAUAUAAGUUUUUUGUUUGCCUGAAUUGGGCACUGGAUCCUACUGUUUUCUGCUCUCAUUGUUUGUUCCCUGUGUUUCCAGAUUUCUAGUUCCCUGCGCUUUGUGUUCCCUGUUUUCGAGUAUUUCGAGUUCCUCGGAUUGUUCUUUUGUUUCUAGUUGUUUCUUAGUUUUUUUUGGAAUUGCCUCUCGUGGCCUUUUGUUCUCUGUUUGUUUUGUUAGUAAAGCCUUUGUUUGAAUUAUA